ACCGAUGUCGAAGAAUCUACAAGCAAUAGAUUAGAAAUAUUAAGUAACCUUGAGGACUAUGUAGCAAAUGACAGCAAAGGGAUACAUGAAAAUCUCGAACAGAUGAAGACUCCAAUAACGAUGACAUUUCCGAAGGCAUCUCAAUUAUUAGCGAGAGCGAGAGUGCUGGGCGGGCUUCACCUUAUGCAAUUGCUGAAAAUUUGAAUAGCGCGGACUUAAAAAGCUACCCAAAUCCCGACGAUGUUUCCCCUGCUUCAAUGCUCAGAUUGCCCAUUCACUUACCACAAUCGUCAUACUCAGUAUGCUCAAGUGUCCACACUUUUGACGAAACCACACUUAGGCAACGACGUAUCAGGCGCUCCAGUUCAAGUACAAAUUCAGAGCGAAAAGCUGUAACGCCAAAAGAUGCCAGCAUUUUAGAUGCAAAUCCAGUGUAUCCUUUAGUUCGUCGGAGUUUGAAAGGUCUUUUUUUUAUUUGCGUUGUACUUGCAAUAUUGGCUUUCAUUGGCAAACUGCGCAAUCCAGAUUGGCAACCAUUUUUCGAUACCAAAAAUUUACCUGCUUUGGAGCAAAGGUUGACAGAUUUAGAAUUGCAAAAUAAUUUAAUGCGGGCAGAAAUUGACAUUUUGUCCAAGCAGUUGAACUUUUUAAGUAGCUUGAGUGAGAGUGGUCGCUUUCACAAGGUCGAAGGGGGAUCUAGGCGUCAACAGCGACUUUUUAAACAGACUGGAGAAUGGAUAAUGAAACAAAAGGGAACCAAUUCUAAAGAGCUGCCCAUUAAUAAAGAUAGCGCAGAUAACUCGCAGAUCAUCAAGGAGUUAAGAAAACCAAUUAAAUGCCCAAAUGGAGAACAAGCAGAAAAUGAAGGCAUGAGUGUAGAAAAUUCAGAACCAGAAAUAAAAAAUAUGGACAAUAUUUUCAAUGUCGAUUAUAUGCAGCCGCUAAAGAAUGCACCGCUUGACGAAUCCACAACUAAUCCGUAUGUUAAUGAGCCAACAAAGAAUGCUAAUAAUGCUGACCCAAAAGCAGGCGAAACUGAGUUUAAAAAUAUGAACAAAUAUAUUAACACCGAAAGAAAAAAUUCGAAGGAGUAUGAAUCCCAUAACUUCGAGAAAAGACAGUGGAAAAGGCAGAAAAAUAUACAUCGGGAGAAUGACGAUGACUUUAGUGAGGAAGAUGAGGAUGAUUCUGCGGAAAAUUUUGGCAAUAAAAAAUUUUCUUCCAAAGAGAGUUAUAACAAACACGACCGUAAUAAGGAACGUCGCUAUAAUGGCAAUACGAAGGAUAUACUCUCCGAUGAGUCCGACGAGCAGUCGCGUAAGAGCGGUGAAUGGCAUGGUAAAUUAAUGCAGCAACGAGAGAACGCGCGGCGCCAAAAUGAGUAUAGACAGCGUAAUAAAAACUGGUAUAUCGAACGGGGUAAUAGCCGUGAGAAAAUUCGUCACAGGAGGUGAGGAAUUGCUCCGUGUAUUCUGCAUAUAAACCAACCAUGUACCAAUGUACCAUUUACUGCUUCAAAUAUUAUCGAUAUUUUAAUCAAUUUAAAUUUGUUUUAGUUGGUUAUGUAUUCUUGUUUACAGCAAUCAAAAGUAAUGUGGUCUAUAAAUUAUUUUGUGAUAAAUUGUAUUAUGUACUACUUUAUUUUUAAAUUGUAAGUGUAUCCUUCAAAUGUUUUGUUUCUAACCUAGACUACGAAUAUAUUAAGAAUGAAAUGUACAGAAAUUAUACCUACAUACUGUGUAUAUAUAUGUACAUGCAUAUACAUAAUUAUAUAUGUACAUAUAUUUAAUCAUACAGACACAACAUAGUUUAAAAUGUUUCCCCAAUCUAAUGUAAACGAUUUAAAUAUAUUAUUACUGCAAACUAU